GUGUUCAUGAAGGAGAGCUUAGAGAUAACCUUUCCAGAACCCAUGUUGUCAUCACUGAGUUAUUCAACAUUUAUCCCAUUUAAAAUGCAGGAAUUGAAUUAUUGGUUUAAAAGUUAGGAGCUUUUUCUGUUUAAGGUAUUUAAUUUAAUAAUUUCGGUUUGAUUCUUCAGAGCAAUAAGUUUGGAAACUACAUUUCUUCUGCUUGAGCAAUAUUUUGAAUUUUUCUCCGAACUUCAUACCAUAGGAUUUAUUAAAUUAAGAAUAUAUCUUCUUUUAAUUGAGAACCAGCGCCGUUCCGAAAUAAUAUUUUCUAUUUUCAUAUGAAUGUUACAGUUAUCUUUUUACUUUAAUUUAAUUUAGAUUGAUGGAAAAAUCUCAGUUUCUUUAUUUUGUUUCAUAAAAUUGAUUUGUAAGAAAACUUUUCAUAAUUUGGUUAUCCAGAGGAAGUCAGAAGUAUUCUACUUGUGUAAAUAAGUAUCAUAUUUAUACCUGUGGCGUAAUUUUUUAAGAUAAUUAUGUUGACCGAUAAUGAAUCGCUGGAGGAUGUGAAAAAAGAAGCUUUCGAAAUCUGCCGAAGCUUUUUGCUAGGGCCAUGGAAGACAUUAAAGAUGGAAAACUUUAGGUUUUCUGCUGUAAGAGGUGGACUAUCGAAUACACUUUAUCAUUGUGCUCUGCCGGAGAAUUGUGCUGUGGAAAACUCUCGAGUUCCCAAGGAAGCUUUACUCAGGAUAUAUGGUGUACAUCAGGAAGAUGGCAAUGUUAUUGUAAGGGAAGCAGUCACUUACAUGCUUCUAUCAGAGAGAAAUUUAGGCCCUAAAUUAUAUGGAGUUUUUCCUAAGGGACGUUUGGAAGAGUUCAUACCGAUGGCUUGACGACAUUGAAGGAGAACUCCUGAAAAGAAACGAAUCAUUUUCGAAAAGACAGUGGUACGAAGAGGAAUUUGAAUGGCUAAAAAAAGAAAUGGAGAAAAUAAAUUCACCUAUCGUAUACUGCCAUAAUGACCUCCAUGGAGGAAAUAUUUUACUUCGAGAAAAUGCAUUAAAAAUUAGCGAACCUGACAUCAUAUUAAUCGAUUUCGAAUUCGGUGGAUACAAUUACAGACUCGAAUACCAUGCAGGAUUCUCAACCAAUGAGGAAUAGAUGUCGUGUCAUUUGAGCCGAGAAUGAGUCUUCUGUGUUUCACCCAGUUCCUGGAACAAAAAUAUAUAUUUUUAUAUAUCAAAAGAAAGAAUGACGACGUAUAAAAAAUAAGCAUUUCGAAAAUUGGUUAUUUGUGUUAGGUUGGAAGUUGCCCUGGAGUCAGACUUAAAUAACAAACGCGUGUUUUGUUUUGAUUUAUUCGCUUCACUUCGUGUCAGACAUGGAGGCAUUCAGUUGAAAAACAACACCUAGCUUUCAUUCAUUGACAGAGCAAAAUCGUAAUGCAAGAUUAAUUCUUCCAUUAAAAAAUGAUUCACUCAAAACCAAUUGUAUUUUUUGAAAUAAUCCAAACAGAAAAGCAGAACAUCUAUGAACCCAAAAACACUUUCGUUGAACAUGGACCUAAAUUUAAAAAUCAUGAAGAAGCUACUAUUUUUCUAAAACAAAGAACAGAAAGGCAGCUAGAUAAGUGUCAGAUACAGAAAACAUUCGGAGAAAAUGCUAUUUCAGUUUCUAAGUUUGACUCUUUAACUACGAGAACAGGGCCAGAAAGUUUUGUUGGCUGCCUUAAGGAAUCUGCUGCAAAUUCUGAAGUAGAAGUGAAGGAGCAGCAGGAUCUAUAUCAGCCAUAUAAAGCUUUUAGUAAGGAACAUAGUUUUCUUGAGUUAGCAUCUAUAUCAAAUUUAAUAUCUAAAGAAGAGAAUAUUAAAGAAACGAAACGUCUUGUAGCUUUUCCGACACGUAGGAUGGAAUGGCAGCUAGAUACGUAUCAGUUACAGAAAUCAUACGGAGAAAAUGUUGUUUCGUAUUUUAACUUAGAUCCUUCAACUAAGAAUCCAGGAUCAGAGAGUUUCCUUGGCUGCUGUAAGAAAUCUUUUGAAAAUUCUGAAAUGAAAGAACAACUAAAUAAAUGUCAUCCAGCUGAUGCUUUGAGUGGAAAAGCUAGUUUUGAUACUGAGUUAUCACCUAUAUCAAAUACAAUACCUAUGAAAGAAGAUAUUGAAGGUACAAAAUCUCUUCUGAAUAUUCGACCUAAUUAUGCUCAGAGUGGAAUCAAAGGGAACCAUACAGUUUCAAAGAAACGAUCUGCCAGGGGUAUUCGCAAGGUCUACAAGUGCUGCUUCUGCUAUUAUGCCACCACUAGAAGCGAUAGAUUGGCAAGACAUAAGGUAUUCAUUCACUCAAAAGCAUCCUGUUAUGAAUGUUAUAUCUGCAAAUUCAAAUCCACCUACAACCAUGAGUACUAUUUACAUAUGAAGCAGCACUUUGGAAAUUCUCCUUACAUGUGCCCGUUGUGCAAUUAUACUACCAGGAUCAUAUCAGCAUUUGUAACUCAUAGAAUCACUCACACAAACCAUCAUAUUUUCCAGUGUCAUCAGUGUGCUUACAAGUGCAAAAGAAAACACCAUUUGACUCAGCACGCCAGUGCACAUACUAGGGAAGCGCCGUUUCAGUGUACGUAUUGCGAAAAAAGAUAUAAACAUAACUGCAGUUUAAAAAAACACUUGCUGUCACACAUGAGGAAAACAUAAAUCUUUUGCCAUCAUGCAUAGAAUUUAUGAACAUAUAAGAACAGAACUUAAGACCCAAUAAUCAUUAUGCAAAGUAUAUAACAGAUUUUGUAUAAGAUACAAAAAGGAGGUGAAAUAAAACUGAUGAUUAACUGCAUGCAUCUUAUGGCAAGUGUAUGCAUCUAACAAUAUUGUUUCAAUAAAAUCAGAGUAACAAAAGAAAAUGCUUUAACUGAUACGUAAUUCUAAUUUAUUUUGUAGAAUAUUAUGCCAACAGUUUUAAAUCGUUAUUGUUUAAACCUGCAUAUGAACCUUACUUGUAUAAUCUUAAAAUCAAGUUUCUUUUUACCUCCUUGAGUAAGUUUUCAAAAAUGUUUUGUCAGUUUUUCCAAACUGUAAAUGAUAUGUCUUGUAAAUUCGGUUGCACAAAUGUUACGUUGACUAUUUGGAUUAAUCAUAAUUCUGUUAAAACUUUUUAAAAUUCCCAUGGAAUUAAAUCCGAAGACCAGUUGAACACAGUAAAGAUACCUUAUCUUCUUGUCCUCUGUUCCUAUCCAUCUUAAAGUGUCUAGAACACAUAGGACUAGUUUUGGCUGAGUAUACCUCAUCCACCUUUUCCAGGCAAUACACCAGAUAAAAUUUGUAAUUAAUCACUGACACAUUUUGUCUGAUUAGUAAUCAGUGAGAAAUUUUGAUUUAGAUAUUCUUUCAAAUUUCAUAUUUUUGUGAGCAAAUUUUAAACAAGAUAUUCCUAUAAAUGAUUUUGAUAAUAAUUUUUGCAGAAGUGAAUCAGGUGAACCUUGCUAAAUAGGUUACCAUCACUUUUUUUCAUUCAACUUCAGCAUAAGACAUCUUUCCAAUACCUCCAAGUAAUUUACCUCAAAUGGCUCUUGGACGUAUGCCUCACCAACAAAGGCGGACAAAUUAAGAGCUGAAAUAUAAAAGAUGGAUGAAACACUAAUCUCCUCAGAAAUAUUACAAGACGCAGCAAUUCAAGGAGCGUUCCUGAAAAUUCGUAUGACAUCUGCGUUCGCUUAGUAUAUUAUUUUUUUUUUACUUCCCCAAUUUUUUGUGGUCAGAAAAACAAAAGAUGACUUCUAGAAACUAAACGCCGCUUCUAAUGCAGUAUUUUAAGCUGUGAUGUUUUAUUGAUUUUGAGUAUUACUAAAACUAUACUUACAAACGAUUACUAUUAAAUCUAUCCUUACCUAUGAAUGUUUUAUGAGUAGUGUUUAAAUUAUUCUUUAUUGUUGCAUAAUUUUAUCAGUUUUCUUCAAAUAAGCAUACCACUGUAGUUUCAUAACUUUUGUAAAUGUGCCCUUUUUCUCUAAUGUAUUAAAAUAGUUUACUUAUAUUUCAGCAUAAUAAAAUUUGGUAUCAUUUGUAUAGUUUAAUUUUCAAGAACUUUUUAUAAGUUUCAAGGAUUUAUAAUAAUCCUUCACUUUUGUUUGACUGAUCAGGUAUAGUAUUUAAUCAAAAUGACAAAAAGCUGCAUCCUGCCAGUAGAAGAAAUAAUUUUCUUUAAAGGAUUUUUCAAUGUCUACAGUAAAAUAUUCAAGAAUUUCUUCAUACAUUUUUCGAAUUUAUUCUGUCGUACUCUAUGAUUCCCAUGACCAACUCUGUGUUCACGACGAUAGUGGCUGAAUGGUAUUGUGCAUUCUAUGUCAAAAGUUUCUUGUUUAAGACACCAGAUGCGUAUAUCUUGUCAUCUAUAGGAGAUAUAUACUUUUAGCUUUAAAAAAUAUUCUUAUCAGCCCUCUUGACCUCAGGACAGACUUUGCCUGAAGCUCACUUUAUUAGACUCUCCAUUGAAGUCUUCAGCAGAAUUUUGCUUCGGUUUUUUUCUCUAUUAUUUUGAAAACAUCGGUUAUUCAAAAAUAUUAUCAUAGUAUUCUAUUUCAUAUAAUAUUCCAUUUUAUUUUAUAAUGGAAUCAUAGUGUUCUUUGAGAGAAUUAUUAAUUAUUUAAGAGCAAAUUAUUAAACCUGAUCUUUUUGUGCAUA